AAUGGUUUAUCAUUUCUCUGAAUCUUAAAACCUUUAUUUCAUGUAUGUAAAUGUUCAAUAUUCAACAUGUGUCAUUUACAGGACUAAUCUUACUCACUUUUAAGCUAGUAACAGAAUCAAUGUUAAUAAAUCUAACGUAUUUAACUCGUAGAUAGAGAAAGUAUUUAUUCUGUAAUUGUACAAUUACUUGUAUAUUUGUUCAAACAAUUACUAUAAUAUUUGGUUUAAGAAAUUAUUUAUAUAUGCCUUAACUUGUUGAACAUAAUUAGCAUACUGUAAAUAAGUUUCACGUGAACACCGCGAACUAAAUGUUUCUAACAAACAAUUAACCUUUGACCUGCAUUUAUGUAGUCGUUCAGUUCCAAGUAAAACGCAAACACGUUUAAAAUUCAAGUUAGAAGAUUAAAUGAUCAAUCAUAUAACAAUAAAAAAUUACGAAAACAUAUUUCAGUUUGUCAGUGUUCGUUAACCUAAUCGAACAAUUAUUUUUGAUUUUAUCUUGUGAAAAGUUGUCACGUACCGAAUAUUUAUCAUAUGUUCUCUUCGUGCAUGUGCGUCGUUCUUAUCGUCUUCUAACUUUCGGUUUCAUUGGUUUUUGAGUUUUAUGAGUGAACGAGAAUGCAAAGUGAACGUUUUCUGAUUAAAUAUAUAACAGUGAACAAUUGCUUUGCCUAUUUGCCGGACACCUGGCUACGCAAAUUGGAAACUAAGGAAAAUGUAAUUGAAAUAUUGCACAAGGAUAAAACGUAUUACGUGUCUUGUAAUGCAAGACCGAACAACAAUGAAACUCUAUGCCUGGGUACAUCCUUUGCUAGAAGUUUAAACAUCAAUGAAGGUGACGAAGUCUUUGUGUCUUCGAUAAAAGAUGUGCCAUUCUUAACAAAAAUCAACGUCGCACCUCGCACCGCGAACGACAGAGAGAUUCUGGAAUUACAAAUGGAAAAGGUGCAAUCCACGCUGCUUAAUCAAAUUCGCGUAGUGGCCAAAGAGCAACCAAUUAUUGCGUGGGUGUCGAAAUUUUCUUCCGUAACAUUAAUUGUAGAAUCUUUAGAACCAAAUUAUAAGUGUGGAAAGCUGGAACAAUUCUCAGAGAUCCACGUGGGUGACACAGUGGCAAACGCUAAAUCAGAAUCUUCAAGUGACCUGAGCAAACAAAAUAGCGUCACGAAUAGUCUGCUCACUGGUUUCAGAAGAUUGUUACCAUUUUCUAGCGAGCGAGUCACGUCCAAAUCGCAAGAGAAUGAAAUGGAAAGAAAUCGAAAACUUUUGCAAAGUUUUCGCAACAGAAAGAAACUUAUGAUUUACCGAGUUCACCCUAUGCCAAAGUUGAACCCUACAAAAAAUAAUCCUUUCAAUGUAACUGCUGAUUGUCCCUAUCACGUGUUUGUCCCAAGGAACCAGGCGCCAAAAUUUUCAGGCAAUUUUGCAAUUUGUCGCGUGAAGAAGAUCGCAGAGGACAAACAGUAUGCGAAUGUGACCAGCACUAAUUUUCUCAGCAAGCUGGACUCUCCUGUCCCGCAAUUGUCCACCGAAUUAACAGUGAGACUAUUCAUCCUGGAGGACCUAUUCGAUGGAUCACAUAACAAGGAUCAUUUUAAUGUUAAUUUCCUCCACACGAGCGUUUAUGUCUCGGAUAGUUUGAGGAUCGGUUUGAAUCUUAAAACAGGGUCAAAGAUAAGCUUGUACCUGGUGGAAGAGUCCCAGAACACUGUACCCUCUUCCAUCGAGCUGUACUCCUGGAAGAACUCGGUGUCCAUAGACAGUUUUCGGAAUUACGUUGAGACACACUCGAAUCCUGAGAAAUUGUUCAUCAAUUCUUGCGCUGUUCUCUUUGUGGAUGGUAAUUGUUGCGUUUUAAAAAUUUCACCGGAGGAUUGCACGUAUGCUGCAAUCGAUGCGACUGAUUUGAAGAAAAUGAAAGUUCACACGAGAACUGUGAACGAGGAGAGUCAUUUAAGGAUACCUUCAGGGUUGGAUCAAGAACAUUCUAGUCUGGAGAAAAUUUUCACACGAUAUUUAAGCAACGUUUUGACGGAGUGUCAACUCACUCUGGAUCUCAGUCUCGGUCUGCGGACGCGAUUGGGCUUUGAAUAUGAUCGAGAAAAUAUUUUAAUUUCCGGGGUAGUUGGUUCCGGUAAAACUACCGUCUGCAAAGUACUUAUGGAAUAUCUGGAAAGUCCGCCGUAUUUUGUGCACACUCACAUGAUUGAUUGCAGAUCGUUAAAAGGAAAAAAGGCUGAAAUGUGGCAGAAAAUUUUAACAGUUGCACUCAACGAGUGUGUCUAUUAUCAACCUUCUGUAUUAUUUCUGGACGAUAUAGAAUCUAUCACAGUUGCAUCAGCAAAUGACGAAGAGAAUACUCCGGACGCUAUGAAUGCUGCGAGAAUCACGGAUAUGCUGAUUAACACGGUGACACAGUAUCAGGAAACUUAUUACGUGUCGGUGAUUGCUACCUGUGCAGGUAUCAAUAGGAUAGGUCAGAAACUAAGGCCAGCAAGAGGGUGUCAUUUCUUCAGAACUAUUUUGUCCCUUCCGAAUCUCGAAAAGACGGAUAGAAUCGAUAUUUUGCAAUUAAUGCUGCGGGACAAGUGGUACGUGCCAGGAGAAGACGUGAAUUGGGAUUACUAUGGAAACAAGACCGAGGGAUGGAUGGUUCAAGAUCUCGUGGAUCUUGCUAAGAAAGCCACGUAUGUUGCUUGGGUUCGUCACGGUGAAGAGGAAGGCUCCAAGCCUCCUGUCGUUAUCGCAGAAGAAGACAUGUCGAAUGCGUUGAAGAAUUCCACACCGAUGUCUUUGCGAGGCAUACAACUGUACAAAGGAGCGGGUCACCUUUGGUCGGACAUUGGUGGUCUGGCUGAGGUGAAGAAGUCCCUCGUGGAGAUUCUCCAGUGGCCGUUGAAAUAUCCUGAAGUGUUCAAGAAUGCUCCAAUCAAACUCCAAAAUGGUGUUUUAUUGUACGGUAUGCCUGGUACCGGAAAGACAAUGCUAGCCAAAGCGAUCGCCAACGAGUGUGGCGUGAAUUUAAUUAGCGUCAAGGGUCCAGAAUUAUUAUCAAAAUACAUAGGUGCCAGCGAGGAGUCAGUUAGGAACAUGUUCGAAAGGGCUCUUCGUGCAAAACCGUGUGUCUUGUUCUUUGACGAAUUCGAUAGUCUUGCACCCAGACGAGGUCACGAUAGUACCGGUGUGACAGAUAGAGUAGUGAAUCAAUUGUUAACGCAAAUGGAUGGAGUGGAGGACAGAGAAGGUGUUGCGAUCGUGGCUGCUUCUUCGAGACCGGAUUUAUUGGACCCAGCUUUGCUGAGGCCUGGACGUCUUGACAAAGCAUUGUAUUGUCCAUUACCAGAUGAGGCAGAUAGAGAGGAGAUUUUAGCAGCACUUUGCAAGGCCCAGAAGAUAGACACGGUAGAAUUGGAUUUGAAAGAACUGGCUAUACUUAGUUCACAGUUCACUGGCGCGGAUUUGAACGCUGUUAUCACGCAGGCUAAAUUAUCAGCUUUCGAAGAGGCUGCUGAGAAUCUCACCGAUGGGAAGAUCACGGUGACAGAUUUUAAAGUCACCCAACGACAUCUGAUAGAUUCCAUCGGGUCCACUCAUCCAUCUCUGUCCGGACCUGAAAAAGAAAAAUAUACAAGAAUUUAUACCAGAUUCACGGGGAACGAUAAUUUUAUGAAGGAUCUGGUGAAGAAUCAAAAAGCUACUUUGGCAUAAGCCUGAAUGAAUUCAUAUAAGGGAUCAUCUUUUUACCUAUCUAUUUUCGUAAAAGAAUAGAAGAUUCAGAAAGAUACAAUAAGCAAACGAAAAAUAUACAUAUUGUAUAAUUAUUAUCCUCCUCUAUUGGAAGAUUAGGUCUCGAUUAGUCCAGUAGCUGAUUAUUGAUCCCAACCUCGUUGAAUCCCCUGUACAUCGGUUAUAUUUUCAUUUUAUCACGUAUACGUGGAUGCAGCUCGUAGGAGGUGGGUGGAGGGAUGCAGGGGAUUCAGUUUUCCUCGUUUAGCCGAGUAUAAGCGUAAUCCGGAUGCCUGCGUCUCUCAAGAAACUCAGCCUCGUUGGCGUCGUUCCGCGAAGCUUAACAUCGCGGGCACAAGAACUUUUCGUAUUAAUAAUCGGUAUAAUAAUUAGUAUUUUCAUGCGCGACUUAGCAGGAAGGAGGCACGCGGCCGACCAAGAGAGAACGAGCACCGAACUUCGGUGGAUCUUGAUUUUAAGUUCGGGCGAAGGAGGCACAUAUUUCACCCCGCUAAUGUCCCGCCAGAUAAACUACAAUAUUAGCUGCCUUCGCUCGUGAUUUAAUUUAACUUUGCCCCGGCGCGACAUCCGCCUCUAGCUUUCGGCUGCCUCCCUCUUCAGCCUGGUUAACCAACAUCCCUAACCACCAGCCUCGACCCGCCAGUUACGUCGACAUGUGUUCCUGCUUUAUAGUUUUCGCGGCUGGCAUAAGCGGAUUCCAAAGAAAUUACGCGCUGAUAUUACUCUCCGUUUGGGAAUUCAACGUGUCGCGACUGUAAUUAUCAUUUCGAAAUUUCAAGUUUUCACUCGUCACCUUUGAAAAUUAAUAAAUUGACAGGUAAAGUCAGCGUAGGAAUACGAACUUAUGGAAACGCUACGACAACACCGGAAACCAGGAAACGCCGGUAAACGUGAGGGCAAAGAAACUUGCGCUCUUGGAUUAUUCCUCGAAGAAUUAGGAUGGCAUUCAAGCCCGAUGGAAAAUCAUGUUCGCAUUGUCGCGUGUCCUUCGAACGCGGAGGACCGAUGUUUCGACCGAUGCGACGCGACGUUUCCGUCCUCGGCGCGGAAGAAAGGUGACGGAACGAGAGGAGACGGCGAAGUCAAGUUUUCGAAUGUCAAGGUAACGAGAUUAGCGCGACGAGAAACGGUAAUCAGGGAUAAAAAUGCUACGACCGACGGCAUUUACGCUAACUAAUCUUCUUCAAGAGGCGAGGCGGUGUAAACGGAGUUAGCACCAGCCAGCUCCGCGUUUCUCCACGCUUUCCCGUCGCUCGGUUGCCUUGUUAGCCGGAUAAUUGGCCAUUUUUAUGCUAAACAGACCCGCGACUGUUACUGCGGCUCGCAUUCUCGUUUUCGCCUUUCUUCCUCUACUUCUUC